GGGAGGAGUGACGUCAUGGAGACCGAGGACAGGGAGGACUCCAAGAAGGUGCGGGGGGCGGAGCCGGCCCUCGCCCUCGUGGGCAUCCUCGAGGGGGUCGGCCCGUCCUUUAAGAUUUUAGGAAUCCUUGAUGUCCAAAAAGUCCCCUGUGCACGAGAAUCAAUACUCUAUGGGUCACUGGGAUCUUUAGUUGUGGCCACUGGACAUUUUUUAGCCACCAGUAGAGUGAAAAGAUCUUUUGACUUUGGAGUAGGAGGUUUUAUUUUAACAACCCUAGGAUAUUGGUUCUAUUGCAGAUACAAUUAUGCAAAACUAAGGAUUCAACAAAGAAUUAUCCAAGAAGGAAUGAAAAACAAGAUUAUAUAUGAAGGCACUCAGUUUGACCCGGAGAUAAAAGAAAAGAACAAUCAAGGUGGCAAUUAACCUAUUAUUGAGGGACCCAAUGGACAAGUGCAGUUUGGUGGGUCCUUAAAUAGCCUUCCAGGGUUACCUUUCCUUGUAAGAUGGAGGAGAACAAAUCAAAUCUGUUAAACUACUGCUUCCCCCACCCCUCCCUGCAACAAGCAGUUUAAAGAGAAUAUGUUAAAGAAAACAAAUAUGGUUUUGUAUGAAUGGGAAUGACUUUUCAGUCCCUGGCCCACUGAGUCUAAUAGAAAUUACUAAUUUUGUUCAAGAUUGCGGAGGACUAAUGACAGUGUUUCUGAAUUGUUUAAACAGCAUUGUAUAAUUGCAAAAAUGACAGUUUUGGUAGCAUCAUUUUCCAAUAAAAAUAAUGUGUUAUCCAUGUUAUAACUUUCCUAUAUCUCUACAUAAAUCUUGUACUCAUUAGUCAUUCUUAAAAUUAAAUAGAGUGUAUAUGCCUGAAGUUGUUUCAUAAAAAACAUGUUCCUGCUUGAACAGGAAUAUUCUGCUUUACUGCUGCAAAAUAAAUAAUGGAAAUGUU